AGAUAUAAAAUGUCACAUUUUUAUUAAUGAAUUACUACGUAUCAUUUUAUGUCAAUCUGAACCAUAAAAAUAUUAAUGUAUACUUUUAGAGCUCCCCAUCCACAAUUUUUUUACUCCGUAGCAAAAAAUACGGGUCUCUGAGAGCUGAGCCGGAAGACGGUCUACCGGAAGAAGCAGUCGAGAGAAAAGAAAAAUUGAAAGCAGCCUUGCCAUUUACCUUAAAAAAUUGGGUGAAACCAAAACUUAAUUUAUCACUAGAAAGGCGGCAGAUUGAUUUGACAUGUUGGAUAAAUUACAUGGACCCAUGGAUUGGAGGGGAUGGUAAGAGGACAUCAAUGUCAAAUAUGGUUCAGGACCGGCCCCCCGGCUGCUAGUGGCGGGUACAUAGACUCACAUGUCAAGGUUGCGCAAUAUAAUUGCAAAAGUCACUAAACUCAGCCAACUGAGACAACUCCAUGGACACCUCAUUCAUUAUUCUCUCCAUUGCCAAAGCUACUGGGCAGCGCUGCUCAUUAACCAGUGCACCCGCCUCCGGGCUCCGCGGUCCUACACUCGAUACAUUUUUGACUCAGCAUGUGAACCCAAUGUCUUUGUCUUCACCAGCAUGCUUAAGUACUACUCCCAGUUUGGUGCCCAGAGUGAUGUUCUCCAUCUGUUUGCAGAAAUGCAGAAGAGUAAUGUGAACCCUGAUGCAUUUUUGUACCCGAUAAUGAUCAAAACAGCAGGGGAGCAUGGGAUUGCAUUCCAUGCAUAUGUUAUGAAAAUGGGUCUGGACUGUGAUAGGAUCAUACGCAAUGCUAUCAUGGAUAUGUAUGGGAAAUUUGGGCCGAUCGAGCAUGCUAGACAACUGUUUGAUGAAAUGUCCGAGAGAGCUGUAGCGGAUUGGAACUCGAUUAUUUCUGGAUACUGGAAAUGGAGGAAUGAUGUUGAGGCAAAAAAGUUGUUUGAUCUGAUGCCGGAUAAGAAUGUGAUUACUUGGACAGCAAUGGUGACUGGGUAUUCAAGAAUGAAUGAUUUGGUGAAUGCUAGGAGAUUCUUUAAUCAAAUGCCUGAGAGAAAUGUUGUUUCAUGGAACGCAAUGAUUUCGGGCUAUGCGCAAAGUGGGUGUAGUGAGGAAGCUUUGAAGUUAUUCACAGAGAUGGUGAAUGCUGGUAUUAAUCCAGACGAAACCACUUUGGUAACUGUUAUUUCUUCCUGUUCUUCACAAGGUAAUCCUGCCUUUGCUGAGUGGCUUGUCAGGGUGAUUAACGAAAAGGGCAUUCGUUUGAAUGCCUUUGUGAAAACUGCUCUACUCGACAUGUAUGCCAAGUGUGGAAAUCUAGAAAUGGCAAGAAAGAUUUUUGAUGAGAUGGGUCUGCAAAGGAACUCUGUUACAUGGAAUGCGAUGAUUUCUGCAUAUGCAAGAAAUGGUAAUCUGUCUUUGGCAAAAGAGCUCUUUGAUAGGAUGCCGAUGAAAAACGUUGUGUCCUGGAAUUCUAUAAUAUCUGCUUUUGCAACGAAUGGACAGUCAAAAAUAGCCAUUGAUUUGUUCAAGGAAAUGAUUGAGAAGGAGUUGGUGCCCGAUGAAGUAACCAUGCUCAGUGUCAUCUCUGCCUGUGGCCAUCUUGGGGCUCUGGAAUUCAGCAAAGAGGUCACAAAUUUCCUAACUAAGACCCAAAUUAAAUUAAACAUUUCAUGUUAUAAUUCCUUGAUUUUCAUGUAUUCCAAGUGUGGAAGCAUAAACGACGCAAAAAGGACAUUCCAAUCCAUGGAAAGCAGAGAUGUGGUAUCUUACAAUGCACUUAUUACCGGCUUUGCUGCUUAUGGGAAAGGAGAUGGAGCCAUUGAUUUACUCCAAAGGAUGAAGGCAGAGAACAUUAAACCAGACCGAAUAACUUAUACAGGAGUUUUAACAGCUUGCAGUCAUGCAGGUUUGGUAGAUGAAGGUCAAAGAAUUUUUGAAUCAAUCAAAGCUCCUGAAGUUGAUCACUACGCGUGCAUGGUGGACUUGUUAGGGCGAAACGGUAAACUAGACGAAGCAAAGGGAUUGAUUGAAAGAAUGCCAAUGCAUCCUCAUGCAGGAGUAUACGGUGCGCUUCUAAAUGCCAGUAGGAUUCACAAAAGAAUUGAUUAUGGAGAGUUUGCAGCUGAUAAGCUCUUUGAGAUAGAACCAGAAAAUGCAGGCAACUAUAUCUUGCUCUCCAAUCUAUAUGCUUCUCUUAGGAGGUGGGAAGAUGUUGAAAGAAUCAGAGGACUGAUGAGUAGAGAGGGAAUAUCCAAAGCAACCGGGUGCAGUUGGGUGGAACAUCAUGGGAAAAUGCACAAGUUCAAAGUGGGUGAUCUGUCCCAUGAGAAAUCAGACGAAAUUUACAGAGUGCUUCGCGAGACGGAGAAGAAGAUGAGGUUGACUGGAUACAGAGCUGACAAGAGCUGCGUGUUGAGAGACAUUGAAGAAGAAGAAAAGGAGGAGAUGGUUGGGAGCCACAGCGAGAAAUUGGCGGUCGCUUUUGCCCUUUUAGUGAGUGAACCGGGAUCUGUGAUACGGGUCGUGAAGAACCUUCGGAUAUGUAGGGAUUGUCACACUGCCAUAAAGAUCAUCUCCAAGCUGGAGAAGAGGGAAAUCAUUGUCAGGGACAACAACAGAUUCCACUGCUUUAGCAAUGGCCUCUGUUCCUGCAAGGACUACUGGUAAAACGUGUACAACAACAACAGCAAACUCAGUAAAAAAGCAAAUCAUCUUAAAUAGGAGGAUAACAUAGCAUUUAUCCUCAAAACAUGAGUUUUGUGUUUUUAUUUUCAACAUAGGAGUUUACACUGUAUACUGACAUCUCACAAUAUUUUUUGGUUCUCUAUAUUGGCACUAUUGUCAUUGUACUCCUAUUUUGAAGAUAAAAAACAUGAAGUUCUUAU